AUGUUCAAACAAUCCGAAUCCGUCAGGCGUAUAGUACGUGAUGUCCAGAAGGAUGGCAAUCGCAAGAUUAGUCCAGACCAAGUCGUUCACGCCUGGAACGUGCCCAUGACAAGCGAGAUUCCUGCGCCCAAAGGAGCAGACAGACCCUUGCCCAACUUGUGGAUUGAAGAGGGGACUCCCAAAGCCGGCCUGCAACAUAUGGUUGGAAGCGACGACAAGAUUGGUUCGUGGGAAGGCAAGGGCGUCCCUAGGGAGCUUCAACGAGAGAAGAUACCAAUGUUUGUUGAGGCGGCAACUACGGCAGGUAGACGCAUCACCACUCAGGGCUCAAGGGAUGAUCGUCACAUCAUGUCAACAUACAUUGAGGGCCGUGUGUUGAAGACUGCAGUUACAGUCGGAAGCAAUGGGUUUAUAGUAGGGGCCAAUCCCGCGAAGAAGUUCAAGGUCAAGCCGGGCGACCCGGGCGAGGUCAGCGAUCGUACAGUGGAAAACUUGUACCGAUAUCCGCUUAACUGCCCGGACAGGAGGCGGACUGACGAGGCGAAAAAGGGGGAGGAAAUGGAGCGCAAGGAGCCGGCUAUGCCAAAGGCGAAAACAUCCCAUUUGGGAAGGUUUUUCAGCAGAGACAAGUGA